ACGUGAAGAUGGCGACGGGAGCAGGACGGCAGCAGCAGCAGCAUCCUCCACCACCACCACCUCCUCCUCCUCCUCCUCCUCCAGGAAACCCUGCCGCUCCUGCCUCCUGUGCAUCAGGAACCAGUCCGUCCUCAACAUCAUGCAACUUGCUUUACGAAUCAGGAUUCGCCAUGGAGUACACACACGAGCUGCAUCUAAAGAUGAGCAAGAAAAUAGCCCAGCUCACCAAGGUCAUUUAUGCACUUAACACCAAAAACGAUGAGCAUGAAGAGGCCAUCCGAUCCCUGAAGGAUGCUCAUGACGAUGAGCUCGAGCAUGUCUUGAGUGAGACACGUGAGAAGAUCCUGCAGUACCGGAGCAGAAUGGGUGCCGAAGCCGAGCUGAAGCGGCGACUCCACGCUCUGGAGGAAUCAUUGGAGUUGCAUGAACAGCUGAAACAUGAGGCGCUUGCUGAGUUUGAGCUGUACCGGCGUCAUGUGGAGGAGAUGCGCCUCAGCUCAGAGGAGCAACACUCACAGCGUGUCACCUCCAUGCAGCAUGAAGCCGAGGCGCUCCGGUGUGACUUUGAGGAGAAGCUGCGCUCCUUCAGCCAGCUGGAAGCCCGAAUCGAGCAGGAGAAGCAGCGAGCAAUGGAUGAGCUCAAAUCCAUCCAUCAUCAUGAGUUGCAGGAGCUGAUGGAGAACCACCAGCAGAGUCAGAGCGCCUCGAUGUGCAUAGAUCAGGAGGAGCUGAUCGAGCUAGAGGAGCUUAUAGAGGAACUGAAGCAGGAAAAGGAGAACCUGGAGGAAGAAUAUGAGGCAAAGCUGGACGAUUCGCGUGCAUUUUACGAGCGCGAGCUUGAGGUUAUGAGGCGCACACAGCAACUCACAACUGAGAACCUGUUAGCCUGGAAGAGAAGCGAAGUGGAGCUCAGGAAGGAGUUUCAGUUACAGGAGGCUGCACUACAAAGGACGCUGUGUAAACUUCGCUCGGAUCUGCACCGUGCACAGGAGGAGGCACGAGAGAGCCGGGACAAGACCAACAGGCUCCAGGCAUCUCUCAAUAAUGCUGAAGUCACCAUUCAGGAGUUACAUAAGCAGCUGGAGGAGGCCAUACAGGACCGAGAGAUUUGGGUGAUGCAGCUGAAGGAUACAGAGUACGAGCUGGAGGGAAGCAGAGAUCGAGUGCAACAGCAGGCCACUGAAAUCCUCCACAAAGCCAGUCAGAUCGGCACUCUGCAGGCCACUCAGAUGAGCCAUGAGGCCACGAUUAAAGACCUACAGCAGGAGCAGAAUCGUCUGAGGGAGAAAAUCGUCCAGCUGGAAGAAGAAAAGGACAGAGUACAGAGUCAGAGCCAGGCUUUAGACGAACAGCAGCGCCUGCAGAUCCUCAACCUGGAAAAAUCCCUGUGUGAGCAGAAGCAAACCUACGAGCUGGAUUUAGCUCAGGCUCGGGCUAAAUAUGAAGAGGAGGCUACUCAUGUGAAAGAAGGCGAAGCCAAGGCUCUUGAGGAGGUCACGGAGAAGCACAGAGUGCAGCUAGAGAGUGCACACAGCGCCGCAGAUAGAGAGAAAAACCAGCUCAUUAAUGAAAUGAAACAGCAGUAUGAGAUUCAGCGACUCUCGCUGGAGGAACAGAGGAGCCGCAUGCAGCAGCAGCUGGACACUUUCCGCGAAGAGCUCACUGCCAAACUCAACAUUGCCAACCAAGAGGUGUCUCAUCUGAAGGAGUUGGUGAGGGAGGGUGAGGCAAACCUGGAUUCAGCUGAGAAUCACAUCUCUCAUCUAAAAGAGAACCAGGAGAAGCUGCUUAUUGAGCUGGAUGCCGUCAGAGCCAGAGUGAGAGAGACCAAUCAUGUUCUCACUGAUGUACAGGAAGAGAUUGAAAGCCAGAAGCAGCACCAUGAGGCCAGAAUCAUUGCCAUCAAAGCUGAGGAGAAGCAGAAAAUGGAUAAAAUUACUAAGGAGCUUGAUCACAAGUGGACAGAUGCUCUGAGAGCUGAGCUGAAGACGUUAAGAGAGGAGCUGACAGAUGAAUAUGAGGCUGAUAAACAGGCAGCGCUCAGCCAGCUUUCUCAGCAGAGAGAUGUGGAGAUCAUGGCGACCAGAGAGAGCUGGCAGAGGAGGGUGGAGGAUCUCCUGGAGCAGAUCUCCUUACUGAAGCAAAGUCUGGAGCUGCAGCUCUCACAGUCGAACAGCGCUCUGCAGCAGCUGCAGUCACAGUUCACUCAGGAGCGACAGCACUUGGCACAGGAGCUGCAUGAGUUAGCACUGGAGCAUCAACAACGAGAGCGCCACCUGCAGGACACUCAGUGCUGCACCAUGCAGGACCUGGAGGAGGCGCGCCAGCUUGAGCUUAGGGAGCUGGAGGGCCGUCUGAAGCAGGAGCAGUGUGAGGAGCUGCAUGCGCUGAGAGAAGCCCACAGACAGACACUGGAGAUCUUGCAGCAACAGUCUGAUCAGGAGCUGCAGACUCUGCGCUUCGAGCUUGAAGAUGAACGAAAGGCCAUGCUGGCCUCUCUGCGAUCUGAGCUGAAUCACCUGCAUGCUACAGCUAUUGAGCACCUGAGACAGAAACAUCUGCAAGAAAAGACAGUGGCCAAAAGAGACCUGGACAACACAGUGGAGUGCUGCAAACAGCAUGAGCAGGGCCUGCUGGUUCGGCUCUCAGACCUGCAGCAGGAGGCGAACUGCAGGAAGAACCGUGUCACUGAUUUGGACCAUGAGAUUCACUCUCUGAACGAAACCAUCAGCACGCUGACCAAAGAGCUGGAGCUGAAGGGGAAAGAAGUUCUGCGUGUCCACAGCGAAGCCAGUCUGCAGAUCAGGGCUCAUGAACAAGACUUGUCUAAGAGGCAUGAGAGGGAGAUAGGCGAACUCAACGCGAGCCACAACAGAGAAACACAUAUCAUGUUGUCUGAUUUUAACAAAGCUCAAGAGCUGCUGAAGGACAAGAUCUCUGCUCUGCAAAUCCUGCUGGAGGGCACAGAGGAGAAGUUUCGAAACCGUGAGAGCAGGCCGGAGGAUCUGCAAACAAUCACUGAGCUCAGAGAGAUGGUGGCUGAAAGAGAGUCUCUGGUCAAAAAGUUGGUGGAUGAUAAGAAGUUCUACCAGCUGGAGUUGGUGAAUCGAGAUACAAGCUUCAAUAAAGUGUUUAACACCAGCCCCAAUGUGGGGGUCAUUAAUCCACUUAUAAAGCCCUCCUGAGAACGAAGAUCCGACAGUAGCACCAGAAGAGCCACAGGAACUCUUGUCUCAAUACUUCUCGUUCUGACA